CAUUUGAACGACAACUCUCUCCCACCAAGUCUUGGGCAGACAGCAGCUUCCCUAGUCUGGUGGUGAGGCUGAAGUAUGACGUCUCCUUCCUCAGAGGAACCGCUGCUGCUGGCUGAACUCAAGCCUGGACGGCCCCAUCAGUUUGACUGGAAGUCAAGCUGUGAGACCUGGAGUGUGGCCUUCUCCCCAGAUGGUUCCUGGUUCGCCUGGUCUCAAGGACACUGCGUGGUCAAGCUGGUCCCCUGGCCAUUAGAAGAGCAGUUCAUCCCUAAAGGAUUCGAAGCCAAAAGCCGGAGCAGCAAAAAUGAUCCAAAAGGACGAGGCAGCCUGAAGGAGAAGACACUGGACUGUGGUCAGAUUGUGUGGGGGUUGGCCUUCAGCCCAUGGCCCUCUCCACCCAGCAGGAAACUCUGGGCACGCCACCAUCCCCAGGUGCCAGAUGUGUCUUGCCUGAUCCUGGCCACGGGUCUCAAUGAUGGACAGAUCAAGAUUUGGGAGGUGCAGACAGGGCUCCUGCUUCUGAAUCUUUCUGGCCACCAAGAUGUCGUGAGAGAUCUGAGUUUCACACCCAGUGGAAGUUUGAUUUUGGUCUCUGCAUCCCGGGAUAAGACUCUUCGAAUCUGGGACCUGAAUAAGCAUGGUAAGCAGAUCCAGGUGUUGUCCGGCCACCUGCAGUGGGUUUACUGCUGCUCUGUCUCCCCGGACUGCAGCAUGCUAUGUUCCGCAGCUGGCGAGAAGUCGGUGAGCGCCCAGUGUGUCUUCCUGUGGAGCAUGCGGUCCUACACGCUGAUCCGGAAGCUGGAAGGCCACCAGAGCAGUGUCGUCUCCUGUGACUUCUCUCCUGACUCUGCCUUGCUCGUCACAGCUUCUUAUGACACCAGUGUGAUUAUGUGGGACCCCUACACUGGCGAGAGGCUGAGGUCUCUUCAUCACACCCAGCUCGAACCUGUCAUGGAUGACAGUGAUGUCCACAUGAGCUCCCUGCGGUCUGUGUGCUUCUCUCCUGAAGGCUUGUACCUCGCUACAGUGGCAGAUGACAGGCUCCUCAGGAUCUGGGCUCUGGAACUGAAGGCUCCAGUUGCCUUUGCUCCCAUGACCAAUGGUCUCUGCUGCACAUUCUUCCCACACGGUGGAGUUAUUGCCACAGGGACAAGAGAUGGCCAUGUCCAGUUCUGGACAGCUCCCCGCGUUCUGUCCUCACUGAAGCAUCUAUGUAGGAAAGCCCUUCGAAGUUUCCUCACAACAUACCAAGUCCUAGCACUGCCAAUUCCUAAGAAGAUGAAAGAGUUCCUCACAUACAGGACUUUGUAGUAGCAGAAGCAAUGCAAGGGACUGGCUCGGAUGGAGCCAGCAGAUGACACUGGACCCGCUGUGGACCUUUCUCCCCAUUGGCAUGUGCAAGUAGGUCUGAGGGACCCCACUUCCGUGGUGCCAGCCUUACCUCGUCUUCGUCCAUUGUAAGCGGCCUUCGUCAGUCUAGUUGUCUCGAAGCCAUGUGCAGUUGUGGAUGUUGUUUGGAUAUAAAAGCAAGCAGUCUCCAGAGCCUGUCUGGUGAUGGCCAAGUCCACACUCCCUUCACUGGGAAGUGCCGCCAUGUAGCAUAGCAUAGCAUAGCAUAGCAUAGCACCUGCUGCCUGUGUGCAGCCAGUGGCUGCAUGGGCUGAAGUUCCUAUGCUCUGGUCAAAGGAAUGCUCGAGUUUGGCACGUGCUUCUGAUGAGGACAUUCCUAUGAAGCCGUUUGGUUUGUUACUCAGCUGCAGGUGGACUGGGCUGUGCCCCUCACCAAUACACUAGUACUGGCUUCUAUUUUUCUUUAAACAGUGGUGUGCAUGUGUAGGAAAUGACAAACAAGUACAUCAGAUCAUGUGAGGUGUUCCUCAACUGCAUGACGGUCAGAUGGCCAUUUAUCAGCAUCAUAUUUAUUUGUAUUUUCUCAGCAGAUAUUAAGGUACAACUAUGUUUUCUCAGUGGUCUUUAAAAGCCAAGAGUUCUUGCGUGGCCCAGUUGUGAAGCCAUGUCUAGUUGUGUGGAGUCAGUGUUGUCACUGGCUCAUGCUGUCACGUGCGUGCGUUUGUCUCUGCUGCUUGACCUCAUGGGAUUCACCCUCCAGUUCAACUGCCCUAACACAGCCCCUUCCAAGCACUGCUCUUCACCAGCGGCAGAGCUACCUAUUCGGGAUGCCUCACUCACAGAAGAUCUGCCUUGGGAAAGUUAAUAUAUUUUAAAUUAUUUUAAAAGAAACGCAACACCUUAUUCUUGGACUUUUCUUAAUUGAUGCUUUAUAGAGGCAGUGUUAACAUUGUACAAUGUGUGUAUAGAGGAGACUCCUCUAUUAUCUGAAGAAAAACAUUGCAAAAUGAGGCUUUCAUUGAAGGGAGGAAAGAGAAAGAAAAAAAGCCUGUCUCUGUCCUUUUUUUUCUCCAUUAAGAAAAAAAAAUCUUGGGAGAGUUGGACUCCAGUGGGCAGUUCAGGUUCAGCCGUGUGACUGAGACACUACCUCCAACCCUGGCCACUUGGCUGCAGCUUCAAACUCCACUGGGAGACUUGGGGAGCAAGCUCUCCAUGGACAAGCAGAUUUCUCCUUUAGACAGCAUAUGCUCAACUUCACAGUCCAUGGUGCUGAAAAUACCUCCACCUCAGAUGCACCUCACACAGCUAACCCAGUAAACAGCAAGUAGGUCAUGGAACACCAGGUGCACUCUGUGUCAGUAGCGUGCACAGCCCCUCUCUAGCCCAGGGGAUGUUUGGUCCCAAGGGGAUGCGUACACUUUUCUACCUUGUACAGAGGCCUGCCAGAACAGCUUUAUUAGGAAUAGCCUCCAAGGAGAGCUUACCCUGAGACACUAGAGACAGCAGGCGUAGGGCACUGGGCGAGCACCACUCCUACCGUGGAGGAUGUCUGAGUGCAGCCAGACCGCGCAGGCAGGGGCAUCGCAGCACCCGUCCCUCCCCGACAAGUGAGGCUUGUGGUCACUGGCCCAGAAAGGCAGCCCUGACUGUACUUUUACAGUUUUUCUGCUGCUGUCACAAGAGAAUUUGGAACCUGCUGGGAAGCCUUCUGAAAAAGAAAAGGACAGGUGUUUUGUUUCUGGAUAGGGUUUAUCUCAGCAGGCUGGUAAUUCUGCAGUUCUGCCUCAACCUCUUGAGUCCUGAGGUUAUAAGCAUGUCACCACACUGGGCAAAAGACCAAUUUGAAACUUUGUAACAAAACAGUUUUGAUCAGAAACCCACUAGCACCCAUUUAAAGUAUAUGCAAAAGUGAGAAAGUUUAAAUCCAGGGACGCAGACCCUAAAUUGGAAGAUAUCUGAAGGGUUGUUCAAUUUGAACAUCACACUGCAGACCUGAGGUGAGGCCAAUUUUGUCAACCCAGCAACUGACAGUAAAGAUUUUAAGCAUCCCCC